AUGGCGGCCAUUACUAAUUCGGGUGCUGUGUUUACAUUUGGAAAAACAAAAUUUGCUGAAAAUACUCCCAGCAAAUUCUGGUUCAAAAAUGAUAUACCUACAUUUCUUGCAUGUGGAGAUGAACAUACUGCUGUUAUUACCGGAAAUAAGAAACUUUACAUGUUUGGCAGGAACGACUGGGGCCAGUUAGGAUUAGGAUCAAAGUCAGCUGUUUGCAAACCAACAUGUGUCAAAGCUUUAAAACCUGAAAAGGUGAAACAUGUUGCCUGUGGACGGAACCACACCCUAGUUUCAACAGAAGGAGGCAAAGUAUAUGCAGUUGGAGGAAAUAAUGAAGGCCAACUAGGACUUGGUGACACUGAAGAUAGAAACACUUUUCAUUUAAUUGAAUUUUUUACAUCCCAGCAUCAGUUUAAGCAGCUGUCUGCUGGAUCUAACACUUCAGCUGCACUAACUGAGGAUGGAAAACUUUUUAUGUGGGGAGAAAAUUCUGAAGGGCAGAUUGGCUUAAAUAAUGUAUGUAAUGUGUAUUUUCCUCAUGAAGUGACUGUUGGGAAACCUAUUGCCUGGAUUUCUUGUGGAUAUUACCAUUCAGCUUUUGUAACAAUGGAGGGAGAACUGUAUACAUUUGGAGAACCUGAGUUUGGAAAAUUAGGUCUUCCCAAACAGCUACUGAUGAAUCACAAAGUGCCCCAGCUGGUGCCUGGAAUUCCUGAGAAGGUGAUACAAGUAGCUUGUGGUGGAGGGCACACAGUGGUUCUCACAGAGAAAGCUGUGUACAACUUUGGGCUGGGACAAUUUGGUCAACUGGGUCUUGGCACAUUUGUCUUUGAAACUACGGAACCCAAAAUCAUGGAAUCUGUUAAGGACCAUAAAAUAACUUAUAUUUCCUGUGGAGAAAAUCACACAGCUUUGAUAACAGAUAUAGGCCGUAUGUAUACUUUUGGAGAUGGUCGAUAUGGGAAAUUAGGACUUGGAAUGGAGAAUUUUACCAAUCAGUUUGUUCCUACAUUGUGCCCUAAUUUUUUGAGAUUUAAAGUUCAUUUGGUUGCCUGUGGUGGAUGUCACAUGGUAGUGUUUGCCACUCCACGACCUGUUAUAGAAAAAAUUGAACUUGGGAAAAUUCGUGAUUCUCGCAUACCUGCAGCAGCUUCUCUGUCCAUCACCGAUCUGACCUCAAGAAACAUAUUCCAUAGAACUUUAUCAGCACGUGUGCGCCGAAGAGAGAGGGAGAAAUCCUCAGAUUCUCUUCAAAUGAUGCAAGCGCUACCUCCAAUUAAAGGGACUCUUGGGUCAUCUAUUUGUUUUUCCCCAAGUUCAGUUCCUUUCUGCAUAUUUACAAAUAAUCUGCCAGAGAAAAUGACUGAAAAGGAGGACUCCAUAAAGCCCAUGGAACCAGAUUAUUUUCAAGAUAAAAUGACCAAAGUGAAGGAUAUAGACAGCUCAUCAGUGGAUUCAAAAAGCCUUGGAGAAACUACUGAUGUGUUAAAUAUGAAACAAGAGUCAAUUGAGAAAUUGAAGCAGCAUACAGCUCAUACUGAAAAUGAUUAUAGCAAUGAAUAUGAAAGUGAAGAGAUGUCUCAAAAAAUGAAAGAAGGAAAAUCAUAUAAACAAAUUUUGGCUAAAGAAACAUUCAUGGUACCAACAACUGGGAAGCUGGAAGCAUGUUCAGAUGAGGAUGUAGGUCAUGACUCAGGACAACCUGGGCCUCAGGCUGAUACCAAUGAGAAGGGCUUACAAAAAGAGACAUCUAGAUUUAAAAAUAGUAUUUAUCCACUCGAUGAUAAGGAAAUAGAAAAUAAAAGUGAUGGAGAAGGCAGUCAGAAAGAUUCAGAAGAAAGAGAGAUGGCCUCUGAGAAGGAAACUAUGCUGGCAGAAAUGGCAGGUCUGGAGGAUAUAAGAAAAAGUGAAGAGAAUAUAGAAGAUAUUAACAGAUUCCUUGAUGAAUUGCCAAAUAGAGUCACGGAUAUUGAUGAGGAUUUUGAAGAAAAUUAUUUUGUUAAAGAAAGGAAAAGGAACAAGCAAGAUGGGAUCUUUGACAAUGAAAGAGAAUCUAUAGAGGAGCCAUAUAGUUACUUGGAAGGUGAAAGUGAAAGUCAGCACAGUACAACUGAUGGCUUCGAGUGGCCUGAGUCAGUAGAAUGUAGUAGUGGAGAAAAAGAUGAUGAUGAAAUGGAAACUGACCAAAACUUAUGGUAUAUCAGAAAAUGUAUUGAACAAGAGGAAGAUACUGAACUCAAAAUAUCCGAAUUCAUAGCAAAAUAUGAUUUUAAGUCUGACCGCUUGCCAGAAAUUCCAGAGGAAGAGGAAGGAGCAGAGGAUUUAGAAGGAAGUGGAAUAGAGGAGCAAGAGGUAGAGGAAAAUGUGGAGAUGCCUGGAGGAAAGGAGGAGGAGGAAGCAAAGAGCCUAUCAGAUGACCUUACAAACAGAGCAGAGAAUCGCACACUUCCAGAAGACAAGGCAGAGGAAAUUAAUGAACAUCUGGAAGACAGGAAGAAAUCUGUGGGAGACAAUAAAAAUGUUUCUGCAGAUGACCUCAGUGAAAUCAGCGACAAUUCAAAUGUUCCUGCAGAUGACCUCAGUGUAACCAGCGUCAAUUCAAAUGUUCCUGCAGUUUACAACAGUGAAACUAGUGACAAUUCAAUUGUUCCUGCAGGUUACCAGAUUGAAACCAGCGACAACUCAAUUGAAAAGGACAAAAAAAACAACCAAGAGGAACCAGCCAUUUCUGAAUACAAUGAAAAUCUAAAAGGAAACAUAUGUGAGCUUGCAAAGAGCAGUUCUUCAAAAAUCCUGGAGGAUAGUAAAUCCAUACCAAGUAAAGAUAGGAAAGUAUCGAAGAAGACUUACCUUUUUAAAAGACUGUCAUUGAUGAGUAUGAAAAGUAUGCCGAAUAAUAAUGAGCCACUUCCAGAAAUUAAAUCAUUAAGAGAUCAAAUAGCUUUUAAAAGCAAUAAGAAGAAUUUCAAACAGAACCACAUUGGGCAAAAUAAUCAGGAUACGUCACCCCCAAAUACUGAGAAAACGUCAAAAUCCUGUGUACUACUUUAAAUAUAUAUUUGUGUGGUCACCAUGCACAUUGUAAUUUAUACUUGAAAAACAUGACUUCUUAAGGAAUGUUUCUGAUAACAAACUUGAAGAUAUAAUUUAAUAAUAUGUUUUAUUUGGUUUGAAUAGUAUGACCAGUUUUGAUAUUUAUUUAUGAUAAUAUUUUGACAAGCAAUUUCACAGUAUGUGUAUCAUCUCAAACUCUCUAAGUGUUGUGGCCUUAACUGUUCAGUGUUCCAUAAAAAUAUAUUUUUAUAUGUGAAGAUUGAAUUAAGAAAUUUUACAGUUUUAACUAAACAGUUUUACAUCUUAUAAUAUCAAAAGGCAAUAUUUACAAACUCAAAAACUAUUAUAACAGUUUUUAAUGUAUUUGCAAUUUUUAAAAACUAUCAAAAUUGUUUAAUGAGAAUAUUUUAAUAAACUAUAUCUGGUCAGUUACACUGUUUAAAUAGGUGACGAUGAAUAAAAUUUGGGGGUACUUGGACUUAUCAAUUGACAAA